AUGAAGUACGCUCUCGGCGCAACUCUAGUCCUUCAGAGCACGGUAGCUUUGGGCGAGCUUCUGCCUGUUCAUCUCAAGGCGCCUACCACUGCACAUUUCCGGGACAUUGUUCGCAACGAUACCUACGACUUUGGCUGCAGACCUGUUGCCCAUCCCACAGACGAUGGCCACUUUACCCUCCAUGCCUUGUUGACGGAAGACCAGAUCUCGCAUCUGACCAAGGAGUAUGCAUCGGUCGAUGAGAUCACUAUACAUCGCCAGAUGGUCAAGAGGGCGGCCACCGCACCCAUUGGCACUGGCGACCGCUUCAAAGCCGGCACGGUCUCUCCCGUUGGACUCGGAACUCAAGCAAGCGGUGCUACUAUCUCCAGCAUCAUGAAUGUCGCUGAAGUCAACUCUGCAUUCAACGCACUAGUCAAGAACUACGGUGUAGGCUCAGUCACGCUUCCCUACAAGACCUUCAACGGUGCAACAUCAGUUGCUGGAUUCGUCGGUGCUGGAACAGACAAGUCAGCAUACCGUCUCUACCUGAGUGCCGGCGUACACGCUCGUGAGCGAGGUGGACCUGACCAGCUUCUCUACUGGAUUUCCGAUUUGCUCGCCGCAAACAAAGCCGGCACCGGCCUCACAUACGGCAAGAAGACCUACACUAAUGCUCAAGUAAAGAGCGUGCUUGCUGCCGGUAUUGUCUUCUUCCCUCUUGUCAACCCUGACGGUGUCACGUACGAUCAGUCUAGUGGCUCUCUCUGGCGCAAAAAUAGGAACACAAAGUCUGGUUCCAGCGGGUCUUCCAUCGGCGUCGACCUCAACCGCAACUUUGAUUUCCUCUGGAACUUCCGCAAGUACUUCGAUCCCGAUGAGGCCCCAGCUUCCACAUCACCAAGUUCAGAAACUUUCUACGGUACUGCAGCUGCAUCAGAGCCAGAGACGAAGAACCAUGUAUCCAUCUACGACUCAUUCCCUAAAAUCCGCUGGUUCAUGGACAUCCACUCCGCAGCUGGUGACAUCCUCUACUCAUGGGGCGACGACGAUGACCAGACAACAACCACUACUAUGAACUUCCUCAACACUGCCUACGACGGUAAGCGUGGCGUCACCGGUGACACUGUUUACAAGGAAUACAUCCCUGCCGCGGAUUUCACCAACAUCAAGAACGUCGCCGCAAAGACCGUUGCUGCUAUGAAGGCUGUCGGUGGCCGCUCAUACACUUCCGGGCAAUCUGUAGGUCUGUAUCCCACAUCUGGCGCAAGCGACGACUAUGCGUUCAGCAGAUUUUGGGCCAAGAGCGGUGCGAACAAGGUCUAUGGUUACACCAUGGAAUUUGGAUACUCGACGAACUUCUACCCGACACUGAGUGAGUUCAACCAAAACAUUCUCGACACGAAUGCCGGGUUCAUGGAUUGGGCGCUGGCGGCGAUUGCUGUCGGCUUGGACUAG